AGCAAAAACACGGCAUGAGCUCGCCAGAAGCCAGCGGUACCGACACAUCUGCCACCUUUUAAUAACCGGACGCUCUUCUCCUCUCCGGUUCACCGACUUUGUAGUGUUCGGGAUGGGUAAGGAGGUGAACGGCGUCUCUCGGAGUCGCUUUGAGAUGUUCUCCAAUAAUGACGAGGCUGUUAUCAACAAGAAGCUGCCGAAGGAACUGUUGUUACGAAUUUUCUCAUUUCUGGAUGUAGUCACACUUUGCCGCUGCGCACAAGUCUCACGAUCUUGGAACGUGUUAGCGCUGGAUGGCAGUAACUGGCAGCGCAUUGACCUCUUUGACUUCCAGAGAGACAUUGAGGGCCGUGUGGUGGAGAACAUCUCAAAACGGUGUGGAGGCUUCCUAAGGAAGUUAAGUCUUAGAGGAUGUCUUGGAGUAGGGGACAGCGCUCUCAGAACUUUUGCCCACAACUGCAGGAAUAUUGAGCUGCUCAGCCUCAAUGGCUGCACCAAGAUCACUGACAGUACCUGUAACAGCUUGAGUAAAUUUUGUCCCAAACUGAAGCACUUGGAUCUUGCCUCCUGCACCUCAAUCACAAACCUGUCCCUCAAAGCUCUGAGCGAGGGCUGUCCAUUGCUAGAGCAGCUGAACAUCUCGUGGUGUGAUCAGGUGACCAAAGACGGCAUACAAGCGCUCGUGAGAUGUUGUCCAGGACUCAAAGGCCUGUUCCUCAAGGGCUGCACACAGUUGGAGGAUGAAGCACUUCAGCAUAUUGGAGCACAUGGUCCAGAGCUGGUCACACUCAAUUUGCAGACGUGUUCACAGAUCACAGAUGAAGGUCUCAUAACCAUCUGUCGCGGGUGCCAUCGGCUGCAGUCUUUAUGCGUGUCGGGAUGUGCAAACAUCACAGACGUGAUUCUCAAUGCCUUGGGCCAAAACUGCCCUCGCCUCAGAAUAUUAGAGGUGGCUCGCUGCUCUCAGCUUACAGAUGUAGGCUUCACCUCACUUGCACGGAAUUGCCAUGAAUUAGAAAAGAUGGAUUUAGAAGAGUGUGUACAGAUUACAGAUGGGACGCUCAUCCAGCUAUCUAUACACUGCCCUCGACUCCAGGUUCUGAGUUUGUCUCACUGCGAGCUUCUCACUGAUGAUGGCAUCAGGCAGCUGGGCAGCGGACCCUGCGCUCACGACCGUCUGGAGGUGAUCGAGCUCGACAACUGCCCGCUCAUCACAGACGCGUCAUUAGAACAUCUGAAGAUCUGCCACAGGCUGGACCGCAUCGAGCUGUACGACUGUCAGCAGAUCACCCGCGCCGGCAUCAAACGCUUGAGGACUCACUUGCCCAACAUUAAAGUUCACGCCUACUUUGCACCUGUGACUCCCCCUCCAUCGGUGGGCGGGAGCCGCCAGAGAUUCUGUCGCUGCUGUAUCCUUCUAUGAUGUUAAAUGGACUGUGCGUCUUGACCUCUCACCCCCUGAUCUACCUAGAGCACAUGCUGGUGUGUCCCUGGGUCAAAUCGGAUGGGAGUGACGGAGAGACAAACCCGACACCCAGUCAUGAGCUUUAAUCAACACUACAGUCCAUUCAAUGACUCUAUACUAGACUUUUAUGGUAAUUAAAGUGGACGACUUAGGGAAUGUGCUACUUGGUUCAUCAAAAACUAUUUGGAGAAGAGAACUAGGGGGCUUUUUUGAAAAAUAGAAGGCCACUACUCAAAUGGACCACCUCAAUUUGAUUGGAGAUCAUGGUAAACAGGAGAUGUUCAUCCGGUAACCAGCUCAUGGAUUCAUGCCUCAUCUAUAACACACGGUAACGGUGGUCUUUAACCUGUGAGCCCCUGAGGAACACACACUCAAACACAUCUCUCACGAUACACACAUAUUCUGUCUUUCUCUCUGUCUGUGCUGCUCAGUGGCUUUUUUUAAACUUGGAGCAGAGACUGAAUGUUUUUUCGAAGCAUGAUUGUCUUCCAAGUCUUGCUUUUUUUUGGGUCUUUACCUGAAAAUCUCUUCAGAAGGGGUCAGAGUUUCAGCUGGCGGUGGAGAUGCAGGGGCAGAUGUGAGGGUAAUGAUUUAGGCUGGAAGUAAAUGAGGCGAGAGGGAAAACGGGAAUUGUAUUGAGCUGAUUGUUGAACGAGCGUCACGCAUGAUAUUACAGCAUCACUAAGCAGAGUAUUUGAAGUGUGUGUGUGUGUGUUUGAGAAAAUCUGUCAUUCGUGACGACUGAGAGAACGGCAGUGGGCUUCAUUCAUGAAACGAGCAGAAUUAAUUUCUCUCUUAAAUCCAUUAGUUACCUAUGGGCACAUUUAACCUGUGGUUUAAGAAAAUAAACACCCUUAAAACACACUUUCUUCACAUUUUCAAUAAGUGUGUGUGUAUGGUUAAUCGCACAUUAGAAAUGAACAUUUCAAUAAAAUAACUAUAAUAAUUUGAGAUUUUCAUAUUGUAAUGCAUAUUUUCACAUCGAAUCUCCAAAUGAAUGCAACUUAAAGAUUGUAUACUUUUAAAUAUUUGUUUAGGAAUCUUUUUUACUCUUAAUGAAGGACAGUAUUAGCAAUACCAUUGUGAAAUUAUUUUUUUCCCCCUAAUUUCUGAGAAUAAAAUAAUUGUUUACCUUUAUAUCAAUUUUUAAUUUGCACAUAAACUCAUGAUAAAUGUCACAUUUAGCUUAAUAUUUAACUGCCUUUUUAUUUGUUCUCAUCUCAUAUGUCAUCUCGGACAAUCAAUGAACAACUCAGAUGUGUGACAAAUAUUAAAUUAUGUUUAUUAUGAAAGAAACUAUGUUUAUAUCAUAAUUCGUUUUAGCUACAUUGCUAAAACUAAUUAAAAAUGUAGUUAAAACUAAAAAUAUUAUUUCUAUGAUGGUUUUUUCUAGUUUUUGAUCAAAAGUCUGGGUCAAUAUGUAUAAACAUUUGAAAAGCAAUAUAAAUGUUUUAGGCAGGAUAGUAGUUACAUUAAUUACAUUCUAAGUUACAUUACAUUUAGCUGACGCUUUUAUCCAAAGCGACUUA